CUUCUGAUCAUUUUCUUUGAUUAUGUAAUGUUAAAAUCAGUUAGGCCACUCUGGCUCUCAUAGCCUCAUAUGUCAUAUAGUAUAUACUAGGUACAUACCUUCAAUAUGUACUAGGUACGUACCUUCAGUACGUACUAGGUAUGUACCUUCCGUACGUACCUUCAGACGUACUAGGUAUGUACCAUAAUUUGGAAAAUGUAUGUAUUAGUACGUACUUCGUACAGCAAAGUAUGUACAUUGUACAUACUUCAUGUCCCAUCAGUACGUACUUUUGUCUUAUGUACGUACUUGUGCAGUUACUGGGAGUACACUAGUUCUUAAUAAAAGGUUGUUCAUUUGUUCGUGAUUAGUGUUAUGUACUAAGUUUGUUGUUCAUUUGUUCGUGAUUAGUGUUAUGUACUAAGUUACUGUGUACUUACUAACUACUGUGUUUUCUUAUAAGUUAUUCCUGCGAUUAAGACUUUGUAUAUUUUAUAAAGAAUAAAUAGUUUCUUGUGAACAAAAUAAAAUGGUGUCCAAUUUUCAGAUAAAUCUGAAGAAUUACUGGCAAGGCAAAACAAUGGACAAUAUUUGUGUGAUAAAUGUGGCAGUCAGUUUCCUUUGUUAGCACUUUUAAAAAAGCAUGCGGAAUGCCACAGGGAUAAAAAAAUAAUACAAAUCAAGUGCAAUAUUUGUAAUUAUUUGGGAAGUGGUAGGGAUAUUUUAAUUGCACACUACAAUAAUACCCAUGGUAUUAAUAUUGAACAUGAAACUUACAAAUUUGAAUCAUUGGAGACUUUUCAGGUUAGUAUCAAUCAUUGUGCUUUUAAAAUGAACUGCAGGAAUGUAUAUUUUAUUUUUAGACAUGGAAAUUGGAGAUGGAAAAAAAAACUUUUUCAAUGUUUAUAAAUAAAAGAAAUAAAAACAUAAAUGAAACUACUACAAAACUUGAGUACUAUUGUCACCGAUCAGGGUAUUAUAAAGCUAGAGGAGAAAACAUUCGUCAUUUAAAGAGACAAGGGACAAAUAAGAUUAAUGGAUAUUGUCCAGCUAACCUUAAAGUUACCAUAAAAAAUGGAAAAUAUUCUGUUAAUUACUGUGGAACGCAUGUGGGACAUAAACAAGUAGAGGACUUAGGGCACCUUUUUCUAACAAAAGAAGAACGACAUCAAAUUGCAGCAAAAAUAGCUUCAAAAGUGCCAAUGCAAGUUAUUUUAAAUGACGUUAGAGAUUCAGUCUCCCAAUGCCAACUCCAAAGAAUGCACCUUCUAACGAAAAAAGAUCUUUUUAACAUUGAAAGGUCAUAUAAUCUUAAUGCGUCUUCGGUAAGGCAUGAAAAUGAUGCCAUUAGUGUGGAAGCAUGGGUUAACGAGUUACGCUUAAAUAACUGUGUUUCGUUUUAUAAACGGCAAGAUAGUCUUUCUGAGGAAUAUCCAGAACUGAAAAAAGAAGACUUCGCUUUAAUUAUAAUGACAGAUGGUCAAAAAGAAUUACUUGCAAAGUUUGGAAAUGACUGUAUAUGCAUAGAUGGCACCCAUGGGUUGAAUGGAUAUGGUUUCGAGUUACAUACCCUUCUUGUAUUGGAUGAUAUACGUGAAGGAUAUCCAUGUGCAUUUCUCAUUUCCAAUCGGUCAGAUGUUGCUGUAUUCAAAAUUUUUUUUAAAUGUAUUGAAGAAAAAUUAGGAUAUAAAAUCCUAGCAAAAGUGUUUAUGUCAGAUAUGGCUGAGGCUUAUUAUAAGGCUUGGUUGGAAGUAAUGUACCCUCCUAACUUUAGAUUAUUUUGUGCUUGGCAUGUAGACCGUGCAUGGAGAAAAAACUUAAACAAAUUGACAGAAAAAAAGGUACAGGUUUACAAAAUUUUAAGAUUACUAAUGCAAGAAAGAGAGAUAAAUACUUUUUUCAACAUACAGGAGAAAUUUUUAUUAUUUUUAAACGAGAGUGUGGAGACAUUAGAGUUUGCUCAAUAUUAUAAGGAUAACAAUAUGUCAAAACCGGAGUUUUGGGCAUAUUGUUUUCGACUCAAUAGUGGUAUAAACACCAACAUGCAUAUUGAGCGUAUGCAUCGCACUAUCAAGCACAUUUACCUACAUGGUAAAUUUGUGAAAAGACUUGACAAAGCUAUUGAUGGAAUAAUGAAAUUUGUUAGAGACAAGCUGUUCGAAAGAGUAAUAAUAUUGUACAAAGGUAAAGUUUCCACCAAGUUAAGUGAUUUAAGACACCGACAUAAAUUAAGCGAAACAAUGGACAUUAAAAAAGUUAUUUAUAAUAAUUUAACUUAUACUGUGGCAUCAUCUUCAACUAAUGAGAUGUAUACAGUUGAGGAAGUUAAGUUGGAUUGCACAUGCAAGUUAAUUUGUGAUGAAUGUAACACUUGCAUACAUCAUUUUAGCUGCUCGUGUCUCGAUAACUCCAUUAAAUGGAACAUGUGCAAACAUAUCCAUUUGGUUUGCAGAUAUAUAAACCAGUUACCAAAGGCUGUUGAGAUCAUUGAAGAAGAAUCAUUUCUUGCAGAAAAUAAUCUUAUCAUGGAUGUUAACAAAAAAGAUCAAGAAAUCUCAAGCUUAAUUGAAACAAUUACCACUAAUAAGCCAAUGCAACAAAAAAAUUAUUAUGAUCAAAUUUGUGAAAGGAAACAAAAAAUUAUGGAUGAAAUGGCUCGGCUACAAAACGAAAUUAAGUUGGUCAAUUCUAUUGAAGAAAUUGAGGUAUUUGAAAGAAAUAUGGCACCAAUUUGGCCAUGCCUUGCUGCUGUAAGAGACCACCGCAAAUCACAUGUUGGUUUACCAGAAGUAUCAGCUUCUAUCAAAAACAUACCACCUAACAAAAAAAUAGAGCCUCAGAGGAGAUUAUAUAGGACAAAAAAACAACCAAAAGGGAAGAAAUUAACACUGAACAAACCCUCAGCUCAAGAAGCAGAUUUGUUAGCAGCUCAAUUAUUGCUAAAGAACAAGUUAGAAUAAAAUCCUUUCAGCAACAACUGGUUUUGGUUUUUUUUUAAUUUAUAAUAAACGUUAUAAUCAGAUUGGUUUUAUUUUUAUUUAAAACUGCGAUAAUUUUGAACUCUGAUAAGUAGAUUAGUUAAUGUGCAUAUAUAUACUAUUGAUUGAAACAACAAUAAAAACAAGGUGUAAAUCAUUAUUGAUGAUUAUUCACAACAAUAACCAAGUUUUACUAAUGCAAUUACAACUAAGA